AUGGUGUUUUUCUUUCAGGAACAUGGAGAUACAAUCGGGAAAAAGGCUUUGGCUAACUGGAAUGAUGUGAAAGAGUUCAGUGGUGAGACGUUUUCUGAUUCAAUGCAGAAGAAUAGCUCAAGCUCAUUUUCAUCUCAAGUCUUUGGUGGACAAACUGAAAAUUUCAACCCAAUCUUUGCUGCUCCAGUUGGUCCGGAAGCUCCUCUGGCAAAUGUGGGCUCCACUGCUGUAGGACUCAAUGGUGCAACGGCUUUGGCAUUGCCAGUUCAGUCACAAAAUACGAAUUCUGGAAAUUCCACGGAGAUUACAGUCGACGAAAUUUUUCGUUUUGCUGCAUGUCGGCCCAUGUCUGCAGACCGCUCGAAUGUUUUGAUCCCUCCGGGAUAUCAUGGUAGUACUACUGCCGGAUUGCCAACACAAUGCCUUGGUAUCAAUUUACAGAAUGCCAUGUGUCGCCAAACGAUCAAUUCUUCAAGCCGAAUGGACUAUGCAGGAUAUGAUAAUGGUCUUUCCUCUGAACCGUCCUAUGGCCCAAUUUCAAGCUUCCAAUCUAGUAGGACACUUCCUCUUCCUGAAGGCAAUCACGUGAUGGAAGAUUUCGAAUCAAUUGAUCCAGAUGAUGUGGAUGGAUGGCUCACUGAUAGCCAAACAUAUAAUGACACAUUCGAUCAUGAAGGCAAUCACGUGAUGGAAGAUUUACAAUCAAUUGAUCCAGAUGAUGUGGUUGGAUGGCUCGCUGAUAGCCUACCAUAUAAUGACACAUUCGAUCAUGGUAUUGUUAGGCGUACCAGCAGAGGUGUUAUUGGCUGGCUCAAGAUAAAGGCAGUGUUGCAGUGGGGGUACUUCAUCAGGAAGAGAGGUGUCAGAAUUAUGCAGUUAGACGAACCACCGACCGAAGUCCGGCUUGCUAAUAGUUCUUAUGUCGAUGAUUCUCAGUUUAUUCCUCGUACAAGUGAUGGUAACUUUUUCUUAGAUGAUGGUGAUAUUUCAUUGAUGAUGUUAUUCAUCUGUACAUAGAACAGGCUUUGUCGAACGCCUUCUUAAGUGACUAAUUUUUUUUUUUUGAAAAGCGUCUCUCUACUUUAGUUCUUUUGACAUCUUUCUUCAGAAAAGUUCUCUGAUACAUCACAUGUAAGGAAUCAUUCAAAGA